AUGGGCAAUUUGGAUUGAGAGGGGCACAGUGUGUAGUGAUGCAGUAAAGCAGGACGUCUAACACUCUGCAGAAGGAAAUAGAGACGAGACUUGUAGCUGAUGCACGCGAGAAAGACAGGAGAAGAAGAGAAGGAGAGGAUUGACACCUGAAAUUAGAGACAUUUCUCUGGACCAUCCUACUGUCCAGACCAGCUCCAGACUCCUGCUUUAACAUGGCCAGUGUGUUACUGAGCAGAAGAACUUUUACCAUGAUCCUGAUGGUACUGUUGUUGUUAAACCUUAAAGAGGUCCUGCUGGAAGAUCAAGUGGAGAACAAUCUGAAAGUGAAAUCUUUGAGCAGAGUGAAGAGAGGAUGGGUUUGGAACCAGUUCUUUGUUCUCGAGGAGUACACUGAACAGAAACCUCUGUACAUCGGAAAGCUUCACUCGGACAUGGAUAUUGGGGAUGGCUCCACUAGGUAUACCCUGUCUGGUGAAGGUGCGGGUAAUACUUUUACUCUGGACGACAGCACAGGUGAUAUCCAUGCCAUCAAGAGGCUAGACCGUGAGGUGAAGGCCCAAUAUGUUCUCCGAGCUCAAGCCCUGAACCGCGAGACGGGGCGUCCGCUAGAGCCUGAGUCAGAGUUCAUUGUGAAGAUUCAGGACAUCAAUGAUAAUGAGCCAAAAUUUCUGGAUGGACCUUAUAGAGCAACUAUUCCCGAGAUGUCACCAGUUGGCACAUUUGUGAUCCAGGUGACAGCUGUAGAUGCUGAUGACCCAUCAUAUGGUAGCAGUGCACGUUUGGCGUAUAGUAUUAUUGAAGGACAGCCAUACUUCUCUGUGGAUGCAAAAACAGGUGAAGUGCAUGUGUCUCUGCCUGACAUGGACCGUGAGGUCAGAGAGCAGUACCAGCUGGUUAUUCAGGCUAAAGAUAUGGAGGGUCAACUGGGUGGUCUGGCAGGAACAGCCACGGUCAACAUCACACUCAGCGACAUCAACGACAACCCACCCAAAUUCACUCAGCAGCUGUACAAAAUGAGUGUUUUAGAGUCAAGUCCAGUAGGAUCAGUGGUGGGACAAAUCCAAGCUAAAGACCGUGAUGUUGGCAUUAAUGCGGAAAUGAAAUACAGCAUUAUCGGAGGAGACGGACAAGACUUCUUCGACAUUAGCACUGAUGUUAGCAACCUGUAUGCCAUCAUCACUGUUAAAAAGAAAUUGGACUUCGAGACGAAACAUAGCUACACUCUUAAGGUGGAAGGAUCUAAUACUCAUUUUGACUCGCGCUUUAAGACUAAAGAUCCACUCAGUGAUGUGACGACUGUCCAUGUGAGUGUGGAGGAUGUGGAUGAAGCUCCAGAGUUUGAUUCUCAGUUUUACUAUGUAGAAGUUCCUGAAGAUGCUGAAAUCGGAACAGUGUUUAAAACCGUCUCUGCCAGGGAUCCAGACACUGCAAACAACACUAUAAGGUAUUCCAUAGAGCGUAAGAGUGAUCCUGAAAAGUGCUUUUAUAUGGACGUUUCUAACGGCUCUCUGAUGACAGCGUUACCUCUGGACAGAGAAAAAGCCAGCUGGCACAACCUUACUGUGUUAGCUAUGGAGAUGAAUAACCCUUCAAAGAUUGGCAGUGUAUUCGUUGCUAUAAGGGUCCUAGACGUAAAUGAUAACCCACCAUCACUGAUGCAGUACUAUGGGACGUUUGUGUGUGAAAAUGCAAAAGCAGGACAACUGAUUCAGACAGUAACAGCUGUAGAUCCAGACGAGCCCACAGGGGGACAGCAUUUCCACUACAGUUUAGCCCCAGAAGCUGCUAAUAAUCCCAACUUCACUCUGCGAGAUAAUCAAGAUAACUCAGCUUGGCUUUUAACCCGGCGUGGUGGCUGGUCAGUUCAGACGCAGAGUGUGUAUUAUUUGCCCAUUCUGGUGUCUGAUGGAGAUCAGCCUGCUCAGUCCAGCACCAGCACACUAACCGUACGUGUGUGCAGCUGUGACUCAGAUGGAGAGGUUCUAUCCUGUGAUGCUGAAGCCUACACGAUGCCAGCCAACCUGAGCCAAGCUGCACUUAUAGCCAUCCUCGCCUGCGCCUUCGUAUUGAUUGUGAUGAUCAUUCUGACGUUGUCCCUGCGGAGCCAAAGCAAAAAGCCUUACUUCACCAAAGAGGAGGAACAUCUGCACGAGAACAUUGUGCGUUAUGAUGACGAGGGUGGAGGAGAGGAGGACACUGAGGCUUUUGAUAUUUAUGCUCUAUGGAGCCCUCGUGUGGAACCACUAGCAAACUAUCAUAAACUGCGGCAGGACAUGCUACCUGAGGACAAGAGCCUUUCCCGACAUGUCCCUCAGCACUGCGUUACGGAAGUGGGGGAAGACAGCUCUAACAUUCACAGCUACGUGGAGGCUAAACUCUACAAAGCCGAUUCAGACACUUGCGCCCCACCGUAUGAUUCCCUUCAGACAUACGCAUACGAAGGUGAAGGAUCUAUAGCGGGAUCCCUGAGCUCCCUGCAGUCUCAGACUUCACAUACUGACCAUGAAUAUGACUACCUAAACGAGUGGGGGCCACGGUUUCUUAAACUAGCGGAAAUGUACGGUGUCAGCAACAAUCACAGCCCGAUGUGGUAGAGCUUCAACAUGUCUAAACUACAUAAACAUAUAUAAACUAAAGCAUGCUCUCUACUGGAAGUACAAAUAAAAAGAGAUAAAUGUGAGCAGUCACAUUAAGAAAGAAUGAGGAAGGAACAUUCUUUUGAAAAGGAACAAAGUCUAAACACAUUAAAACGAAAGUCUGUUGGAACCAUGCUAUAUGAAUGUAGGAGAUGGAUGGGAUUAAUAGACAUGGUACAGUCAUUAAGGGAACAAAGACAUUGCCACGUUCUUCAGCAUGAACAGCUACUAGAAUGAGCCUGAACUAGGCCUUUCCUCCACUUCCACUCGGAGGGGAAACUUUUAUUUUUCUAUUUUUUUUGUAUUUUUUCUAGUUAACUAUCUUUCAACAUGUACAAGGCUGUUUAGCCUUUUAUACAAUUUGAUACCACAAAAUCCAUGUAUAUUCAUCAUUUUGUUUAGUCUACAGAAGUCUGGAUCUACUCACUGACAUGCAAAACAAUAUGUAAUUAUAACCCUCUGGAUUUUAGCCAAGACCUGUAUGAUUUAGCAUACAGCAUACAAAUGUUUUAACCCUCUAUGGCAUUAAUUAUCAUAUUUUUUGCACUAAAAGGUGCACUAUCAAUGAAUGUCUAUUUUCUUGUGUAUUUUCAUACAUAAAAUGCACCGGAUUAUAAGGCACAUUAUUCAAUACUAGUGGUGGUGGUGGUGGGGGUUUACUUAAGCUAAGCUAAGCUAAGUAAACAAAAAAAAAAAAAGUUUCAAAAGUCAAACGAGCACUGGAUGUUAAUCUACUCUGAUUUCUCUCCUAAAAACAGUUUAUUUGGGUGAGUAAAGUGCUUUUCUUUAUUUACAGUAAGCUUGGACUCCCACUAAGGCUGGGUGCACUAGCAUUAGCAUUAACGGCUUACUACUAGCUAGCACUAGCAACAAGCUCCAUCUGUGACUACAGUGAGGAACCCAGAGUGUUCUGGUAAGCCAGGGUGAUAUUAGCUAGCGGUUUGUCCCGCGUAUCUGGUUUUAACAUAAACGCGCAGACUACAGUUACGGUUAGCAGGUAAUGCUAAUGCUGUUAGAGCUAGCCGGAGUUAGCAGCAGGCUACAGGACAAUAAUGCUCACCUCUGAACGGUGAAAGAGCUAGAGCUUAGCGCGGUUAGAGGCUAAUGCUAAUACUGCUCCAGUCUCGGUGCUGGAGAACUAAACUAAAACUCCUGUAUAACUCUGUAAGUUACUUUAGUGGAGUGGCUUUACUGCUCCUUACAACCUGAUCUGGUAAAAUUCACACACAUCGGAUUAUAAGGCACACUGAUUUUUUGAGAAAAUUAAAGGAUUUUAAGUGCACCUUAUAGUGGUAAAAAUGUGGUAUAUUAUUUUUUAUAAAACAUAAAUUUAGAUUUUGACUUGAUAAGCUGAUCAGGCAUUUUAGAGCAAGGAAGAACCCAAACAUGGGAGGUAGGAGGAGGAGGUGUCCAAAACCAGAGAACCAGAGAACCACUGCUUCGUCAUAAAAGUGGUCUUAACUGCACAAGUUUUGAUUAGUUUACAACAAGAAUAUACUUUUUGUUUUGUUUUGUUUGCAAAUAUGCAUAUUUGUAUUUAUGACCCACUUUUACAUCACAUUGUAUUGGACAUAGAUAUGCCAUGUAACUUUAUAUUAAAGAUGAACAAGAAAGUAAAUAAAUAAGUUAUGGAAUUGUAUUGAAAGAUGUAAUAACCAACAAUUUGCUUUGUUGCCUGUGGGCACCACUAUGCCAUAGAGGGUUAAUGUCAUGUUUUCUAUCUCUUUCUUUCCUUUUUUUUUAUGGAGCCAGAUAAAAAACUAUUAUCGUUUACUCAUUUAAUCUUUUACAGGACCUUAUUUAUACUUGCUCAUAAUCUGUGCUUUUAUUUAUUUUUUUCUAAAUUAUUUUUGUAAUAUGUUCAUCAAAUGUGAAGUUUGCAGGAUUGUGACAUCUGAAGUUUCAUGUUAUGGGAAUAAAUGCUGUAUCAGAUGCUGUUACAAUUAUAUAAUCAUUUUCAGUUGUAUCUGUUAUUUAUAUUUUUAUAUUUGGCCAUGUUAAUGCAGUUUGAGGAGAGCAAGAAAGCCUGGAGAGUGUCAGUGGUGGAAUCUGAUGAAGCAAACAGCCAUAAAAUCAGGUGUGGCUUCCGGAAGAACAAAAUCUGAACAUCUCUCUCCUCUGUACAGUUUUACCUGCCUUCAGUGCCAAAAUAAAAAGCACAAUUAUUGUAUUAAGUAUUUUAAUAACAUUUUCUUUUAUUGAGCAGCCUAUGAAUGUGAAUUUUGCAUCUGAAUUAAACUUGUUUUUUAAUUA